AUGCUUCUCGCUUCUCUACUACUGGUUCCCUUCCUGGCCGAGGCUGCCCCAAUCUCUUCAAUUGCCGACCCAAUUGGGUUCCCAGAUUACGCAUCUCACGAACAUCUAUUCCCUUACAUGGGUGGUUCUGGUCCACACUUCUCUUAUCCUCUAAGCUACGGCAUUCCAAAAGAGGUCCCAGAACAAUGUACCAUGAAACAAAUCCAGUUGAUGGCCAGACACGGUGAAAGAUACCCAACUUUGAAGACCGGUACCAAGAUCAUGGACGUCUACAAGAAGAUCUCCAAGUUCUCUUCCAAGUUGAAUGGUUCGCUAUCCUUCAUUGACGAAGAUUAUGAGUUUUUCAUUCAAGACACCAACAACUACGAGGAGUUGACCACAUUCGAAAACAGUUUGGACCCUAUCAAUCCUUAUACUGGUAUGCAGGAUGCUCAAACGCAUGCUAAGGAGUUCUUGUAUCAAUAUGGUGAUAUGUUAGAAAAUUCGACUUCUUUCCCAAUCUUCACCUCCAACUCCAAGAGAGUUCACGAUACUGCAAACUAUUUUGCUAAGUCCCUUGGUGACAAGUACAAUGUCAGCCUUCAAAUCAUCGAUGAAGAUGAGUCUUCUGGUGCCAAUACCCUAACCACCGCCGAGUCAUGCUCCACCUACAACAAGACUGCUAACGCAGGUAUUACUGGACAAUACUCUGAAGAUUACUUGAAAACCAUUGCCAAGAGAUUGAACGCUGAAAACAAGGGCUUGAACUUGACAUCCUCUGAUGCCACUUACCUAUUUGGCUGGUGUGCAUUUGAAACAAACGUCAAGGGAUACAGUGACAUGUGCGACGUUUUCACUCCUGAAGAAUUUGCUUACUACGCUUACGAGGAUGAUCUAACCAACUACUACGCUUACGGUCCUGGUUACGAUCUAGCCAAGGUCGUCGGUUCUGUCAACUUUAACGCCUCCGUAGAGCUUUUGAAGCAAAGCGAAGACUUGGACCUGAAGGUCUGGCUAAGUUUCACUCACGACAACAACAUCGUUGCCUACUUGGCUUCUGUCGGUCUAUUCGAUGACAACCAACCUCUACCAGUCGACCAUGUUCCAAUCAGAAAUCACAUCUACCACAAGUCUUGGAUGGUUCCUCAAGGUGCCAGAGUCUACACCCAACUAUACGAAUGCUCCAACAGUACUUAUGUCAGAUAUGUCGUCAAUGAUGUUGUGAUUCCAAUUGAAAAGUGCUCUGACGGUCCAGGUAUGUCUUGUGAGUUUAGCAAAUUUUUGGAAUACGCGGAGGACAGAUUGGACGGUAUGAAUUACGUCGAUUCUUGUGAUAUUACUUCCACCAGUAACCAAACCUCUCUAACUUUCUACUGGGACUAUGAAUCUAAGAACUACAAUGCUUCAUUGAUUCAAUCCUAG